GCUUCAGUAAUUAGCUUCGAGCAACAUUUCACAUAGAUAAACCAAAACGGUUAGUUUAAUUUUAGAGAGGGAAUAAUGGAUUUAAGAGGAGGCUGUUGCAUCGCCAGGUAUGUACCCGGUGCAUCCCACGUGUCCACCGUCGACAAAAUAAUGCUUAGGUUUCGUCCAAUCGCUCCCAAACCCGCCGCCGGAGCCACCGCUUCCGACGGAUCUUCGUCUGAAACCAGCGACGCUUUUCUCAGAAACGGAAACACGAAGAGAAAGUACGUAAGAGAUAGCAACUACACCAGCAAACGUAGAAUCUGCCGGAGAAAGAACUCUAAUUCCUCACCGGAGCAGAAGCAGAAGCAAACGACGCCGGCUGUGACUCUUCCUUUGCUUCCAGAAACUCCCGAUCGGAAGGAUUUUCCGGCAAAGGAUCUAACUCCAUCACCAGUGCGAAACAACAACAACAACAACAGCAGCAACAAGAGCAAGAAGUUGAAUAUUAUUAACAAGAACGUGCCGGUGUGGGUGAGUUUUGCGAAUCGAAGCCUUACGAUGAUGGGAGGGUGGUGUUCGUGUGUGACGGUGGAGAGCUUGACGGACACGUGGGUGGAGGGCGAGUGGCUGGGGAGUACGGACGAGGAACGCAGAGUGAAUCUGAGCAAGGACACGUGUCCGGGGUUCAUAUCAGACGGUUACGGGAGGGUGACGGGGACGAAUGAAGCAUACGAGAAGAUGAUGGAGGGUGAUGAGGGACAGGGACCAGUGUUGCUGGUGAAUAAGGUGAACACAGUGGUUCCGCACGCGUCGUUCACGUGCUUGGUGAGGGUGGUGCAAUACGCGUGUGGGAGGGAGAGAAGCUCUCUCACGGUGCCCUGCGACGUGUGGAGAAUGGACUCUGGUGGGUUUGCAUGGAGAUUAGACGUUGAAACUGCGCUUAGCUUGAGACUGGGUUACUAAUUCACAAAGGUAUCACGAACUCGGAACGCAAAACGGCGUCGGUUUAUGGUCAUAGAACUAUAUAUAACUAUUUCUUCUCUUUUAAGAGCUUAGAAUUGUGAAUAUAUAUAAAUAUAAUAUAACUACUGAGGCUAGCUUGCUUGUUUGACUGUAAAUUAAUGCAUGUACCUUGUCUUUUGUUCUCUUUUGGAUGGUUUUUUCUGAUUUGAGUUUGAGCUUGGAACAGCAGUGAGAUCAUUAUGAAUAUCUCGCUAUGUACCGUAGUUAUGAUCAUGUAACAAUUCUGGUUCGUGAAACUUUUGUUAUGCCACAUAUAUACUGGCUCUUGUUUAUAUGCGACCUGACAUAUAUCUUUGUUUUC